AUACCUAAUAUAUUGGUGAUUGUAAGCAUCGGAUCCUGUAUUGCAUGUGGUAGAGCCGAGUACAGAAUAGGGGAUGAAUGUUGUCCCAUGUGUUCACCAGGUAAGGAACCUCUCUUUACAUCAUCAUCAUAGGUUCAUAAAUGAUCAACACCAAUAGAAAUUCCAUACAUUGUGAUUCUCUCUUCCCCAGGAAAUCGUGUACAUAAGCAUUGUACUGAAUUCACCAGCACCUCCUGUGUGUCCUGUAUUGAUUCUACAUUCCUUGAUGAGCCCAAUGGUCUCAUGAAAUGUGCACCAUGUUCCAGCUGUGAUUCAGGUGAGAGUUGUCCUGUAUUUAUACAAUAGCCAGACUUUAAUACUGAGGUAAUGUGCUACAGGCUAUAUCAGAUGUGAUUUAUGAUUGACAUUUGACUGGCUUAAUAUGUUUUUUUCAGAUAAUGAAUGCAAUGUGUUCUUCAUAGGUUUGGGUUUGAGGGUAAAAACAGCCAUGCAAACCAGAAUCAGAUGAUUUUUGCGGGCCACUGGAGGGGUUCUUUUGUCUGCUCUCUGACAAAGAUGGUUGUAGAAUAGCCCAGAGACACAGCAGCUGUAAACCUGGUCAAUACAUCCGUCACACAGGUUGGUCUCCUCUCAAGUAUUCAACAUGAUUUUGUCAUGAUUUCUAGUGUGCCAAGUUACUCUACUGAAUUAAAAGUAGCUGAUCGUUUGAUUGAUUGAUUGAAAUCAUUAGAGAAUUAAAAAUAAGUCAAGAAGAGUACAUGGGGAAAGUUUAAGUACGAUGUUUACAAGUUUGUUUUGGGAUGUCUUGUUUUUUAAUAAUGUAAACGUAUGUUUAAACCUCCAUUUAUGCAGGAACAACAUCUACAGAUACUGUGUGUUCUGACUGUACUGGUGAUACUUAUUCAGAUGGAUCAUUAACAGCCUGCCAGUCACACACU